AUGGAGACAGAAACAAUCAGAGAUGACCAGCAUAAACUGAUCUCAUCAUUCAUGGAGAUUGCUAUUGGUCAAACCAUAGACACCGCAAUACAAUUCCUCAAGGCAACGAGCUGGAACCUUGAAGAAGCUAUCAACCUCUUUUUCAUCCACAGACAUAAUCAACCUCUAUGUAAACAAAACACAACAGAGCAGGAUUGGAGUGAUUAUCAAGAAGAAGAACAUAUCCCUCCUCCUCUACCUUCCAUUAAGGAUACUCUCUAUGACUCCUCUUCCAUGCAUCAAACUCCUGCUCAAGUAUGUCCUGAAGAGAUCUGGGACGCGGAAUCUGAACCGUCAGAUUCUGACACUGCUGAUUCGAAACCAGAACCCUCAGAAGAGUCGAGGAGGUUGUCUUCUUUGUACCGUGCUCCUCUGAAACUUCUUUUCCAAGGUUCGUUUGAAGAGGCGAAAUCAACUUCUUCUAGAAAGAACCUAUGGCUUCUAGUCAAUCUCCAGUCCACGACCGAGUUUGCUUCUCACAUGCUUAACCGAGACUUAUGGGCUAACGAAGUCGUUUCUCAAGCCGUUGAGUCUAGCUUCAUAUUAUCUCAAGUCUAUGAUGAUACCACCGAAGGAAAGAAAGUAUCUACUUUCUACAGAAUCGAAUCUUGUCCUCCUGUGGUGCUUCUCAUCGAUCCCAUAACUGGUCAGAAGAUGCGUUCUUGGAGCGGCGUCAUCGAAGCUCAUGGCUUUGUGGAGGAUUUAAUGAAGUACAUGGAUGAUGGUCCGCACGAAUGCAUGGCUUCUCAAACAAGAAACAAACGUAUAAAAACAGAUAUUGACAGCAACCAGAAUAUUAGUCACAUGGUGUCUCCUUCCUCGAGUCCCAAACUUACCGAAACAAAGGAGAAGAAGACUUGUUCAUCAAGCAACCAAACUACUAGUCACAUUGUGGUGCCGUCUUGGGGGCCCGAAUUUGAAACGUCCACAGAAGUGAAGCAGGAGGAGACUUGUUUAGAGUUUCCAGCCUUGACAGAAGAGCCAAAAAGAGACGGUGAUAAAAGCCUUGUGUGCAGUCUAUGUAUUCGGUUUCCAGAUGGGAGAAGAAAGCAGAGGAGGUUUCUCAAGAGCGAACCUAUUCAGCUUCUAUGGUCUUUCUGUUAUUCUCAGAUGGAGGAGUCCGAGAAGAAGGCGUUUAAGCUGGUACAAGCCAUCCCUGGUGCUUCCAAGACUCUGGAGUAUGGAGCUAACGUAACUUUCCACCAAUCUGGCCUCGCAAACUCGAUGAUCUCCGUUACUUGGGAGUGA